UCGUCGCGCUGCCCCUCCCCCGUCCUGCUCUGCCGCUGACGCGCGCUCCGAACCCCCACAGCUGGGACUGCGCCCCAAACCUGGGACUGCGGACGGCGUGACCCCGCGUCCGGGCCUGCCCGCGCCGGAGCAGCCCCGGGACUGCGCAGCGAGCCAGCUCCCCACGUGCCGACAUGGGAAAGUCUUUUUCUCACUUGCCUUUGCAUUCAAAUAAAGAAGAUGGUUAUGACGGAGUCGUAUCAAAUGAAAAUAUGAAGAGUGGAUUAGUUAAUAAUGAAGUCCAUAAUGAAGAUGGAAGAAAUGGAGAUGUCUCUCAGUUUCCCUAUGUGGAAUUCACAGGAAGAGACAGUGUCACUUGUCCCACUUGUCAAGGAACAGGAAGAAUUCCUAGGGGACAAGAAAACCAGCUGGUGGCAUUGAUUCCGUAUAGUGAUCAAAGAUUAAGGCCAAGAAGAACAAAGUUGUAUGUGAUGGCAUCGGUGUUUGUCUGUCUGCUCCUUUCUGGACUGGCUGUUUUUUUCCUUUUCCCUCGUUCUAUCGAUGUGAAAUAUAUUGGAGUAAAGUCAGCAUAUGUUAGUUAUGAUGUGGAAAAGCGAAUAAUAUAUUUGAAUAUCACAAAUACUCUAAAUAUAACAAACAAUAAUUACUAUUCAGUUGAAGUUGAAAAUAUCACUGCACAAGUUCAGUUUUCAAAAACAGUUAUUGGAAAGGCACGCUUAAACAACAUUACCAAUAUUGGCCCUCUAGAUAUGAAACAGAUUGAUUAUACAGUACCUACAGUGAUAGCAGAGGAAAUGAGUUAUAUGUAUGACUUCUGCACAUUGAUAUCCAUCAAAGUGCAUAACAUAGUACUCAUGAUGCAAGUUACCGUGACCACAGCGUACUUUGGCCAUUCUGAGCAGAUAUCCCAGGAGAGGUACCAGUAUGUGGACUGUGGAAGGAACACGACCUACCAGCUGGGGCAGUCUGAGUAUCUGAAUGUCCUUCAGCCUGAACAGUGAUAGCGGAAAGAGGUGCAGUGAAAUAAGAUGGUACUUUCUGACCUCUCUAGGAGGAGGUACUUCCUAAUAGCCGUCUUAAAUUGAAAAACCUAAAGUUUACGCCUCUUUUAAGAGUUCAGCUAAGAGAAAGUGGACUUGGAGCUCUCCAGUCUGUGUUGUACCAUGAUAUUUUACUUGAACAUAAAUUACUGAUUGGCUUGUACCCUCUGACCCUAAAAGAGAAAAAACAUAUUUUCCCUGUAACAUAAUAACUUUAAAAGUCAUAAAGAGAAUCCCUAACUCUAAGCCAGGUAAUUUUGGUGACAAAAAUAAUUUGAGAAACUUAAUUUCUAGAUGUUUUUUAUAGAAAAUUACCAAGAACCUAUUAUUCGUGGAGGACUUUGUUUUUUUUGUAAAGAUAACCUUUUCUUCUCAUUUUAUAUAUGGCAUUGUUUUACAGGGUAACAUUUCAACCACAUAACACUUUAGCUUUUAGCUAAACAUUUUUAGUUUUAAUUUGUUGAAAUUCUAUUCAUUUGCAUGUCUUUCACUUAUUUCAAUCUGGUGACUGCAUCACUUACCAACCAGAAUGAUCUUUGUAAAAUAUUUUACCUAAAACUUUCAAAACUUCUAUGUUUCACAUGUUUUUUCAUGUUACAUAGCUUUGUGAGUUGUUGUCUGACAAAGCCCUUUAAUGUACAAUAUUGUAAAUAAACUGCAUGCCUUUAUACAGCUUUGAUAAAUGUCCAAUAAAGUGAUAAACAUUCAAAAUUUAAAGUAAGUUGUUCAGAAAAAUAAAAUAGGAAAAUGAAAUUCAGAAGUCUAAAAAGUAUGAAAAGAUUCUAAUUAUAUGUUGGAUCUGGCAUAAAGUAGAUUUGAAAUAAAACAUUUUGAUGCUUCACUUUUUUAUGUUGCUUUUCAUACUAAGAAAUGGUACAUAUACUGUUUAUUCAGAUAGAAUAGGUGCCUAGUCAUCAUUUUUGUGAGAGUCUUAGAAGAUAGGAUUAUAUUUUUAUUGAAACUAUUCAAGAAAUCCUGUCAUCAAAUGAUGAAACCUAAAUUGUGGUUUUUAAAAUGUAAUCACUUUGUAUAUUAUAUGACAGGAUCCCUCUGGCUGUAACAUUUGUAAGGUUUUCUACUUUUGUUUUUAAUUUUACUUAAAAUUGUUUUCGGCCAUAAAUUUUGACUUACUCACUUGAU